AUGGCCACAAUCGGUGCUGUCCAAGCCAACGCCUCAGGACCUGGGGCAUCCAAGUUGUCUAAGGGCCCAGGGGCCCAGGGCAUUCGAGACGAGAUCUUACGGCUCCGCGAAGCUGGGCUCCUCUCCAUCCCAGUGCAUCUUUUCUGGAACGGGGACGAAGGUAAAAAGGACGCAGAUUUCCCUCACAAGUGGUGUCACAUUACGGAUUCCAAGUCGUGGGAAAACUCGAUCGAAGCUGCUCUAGAGCAGAGGGCUCACGAUGCCAACGGCGUAGCCAUUCUGACGGGUCCGAGCCAUAUCUAUGUGAUUGACGUUGAUGUUGUCAAAAAGAAGAACGGAACGCUUCCUGGAAUGGACCUUUGGAGCCAACUCAUUGCUCGGCAUGGAGAACCGCAGACCCUCAAAGCCCAAUCAGGCUCAGGCGGUCAGCAUUUUUUCUUUAAGGCUUCUACGCCGGGGCUAAACCACAAACCGGCCAAAAAGCUAGGGGUCUUGAGCGACCUCAAGGCCGCCUUGCAAGACGCAACCAGUGCGGCCGUGGACCCCCAUGACGACAUGCAGGUGGUCACUCAAUACACCAGAGGGACUCGAGAGGUCCAGGACUUGCUGCUUAAGAUCGUUGUGGAGCAUGCUGCUCCUAAGGCGUAUGUCAACUUGGGACGCCUCUUUGCCUAUAUGUACAUGAUCGAGGGCCGCAUUCUGGCGACCACCAAUGAUGCGGAGAAAAGUCGAGAUUCGCACUUCUUUGUCUGGAACGGAUCCUCGUGGGUGGAAGACAACUCAAAUCUGGUUGCCAGCGUGUUCACGUCUCAGAUGGGUUGUUUGCUGGCAUGGUAUGAGAGAGAGCGAGAGAGGGUUUUGAGUACCUUGUACUCCAAGCACCCAGAUUUGGAGGUCUUCCUGGUGGACGGCAUCCUCUGA